AUGAGCUUGGCAUCUUCCAAUGGGUCCACGUCGCCAUCUAACAACAACCCGUUGUCAGACCUAAUUCGCACCGAGAAAGCUUACAUUGACACACUCAAGAUUAUCGAUACUGAACUCGCACCUUUGCUGCAAAACGGUGCUGCUGCCAUCUCGGAUGAUCUACUCGAUAGCGUUCACGAUAUUCUUGUCAGCAAUACUCGUUUCUACCAGCGAUUGACCCGGAUUGCAGCCAACCCUGAUACCAUCAAAGAAUUGGGAGAUUUACUAGUACAAUGGGUGGAUGAUAUGCAUGUGCCUUAUACAAGCUUUUGCGAAACCUUUGCUGCUGAAAGUGACAUUUGCACAAAGACGGAUCCUCCUCUUGAACGAAGAUUAAAGGAACUUUCGAUAAGGACCAAUCGUGAGGUGACAUUGAGCUCUCUUUUCAGUGCACCAAUGGAGCAAUUGCGCUAUUACAAGGCAUUGUAUACUCGAUUUCUGCAAAGUGCACAACCAGGGAGAUCGGAUCACAAGUUGUUGACCAAGACCCUCCAACAAAUUGACACCACCCUUUCAGCAAUGCCAACAGUACCAACCAUGCCUAAUCAUGAAGAGGAUCAAACGACAUUGGCGCAUGAUGAUGGAUCUCCAGGGCUACUUUCGGGAAUCGAUUGUUCAGGUACCAUGGAUUUGUUUACUGGGAUGCCCAAGCCUUAUUCCAUUACGAGCACAAGGAAAUUGGGAAGCAUGGUAUUGGAGGAUCAUUUCAUCUUGUUGCCUGAGGGAACGCAUCUUUCAGCUCCUACUCGUGUGCAAGCAACCUUGACAACGGAGACGCUUAUUCUUGUGGAUGCAUCAGCACACAAGCUAUUGUAUGCACCGAUACCUGUGGAUGAUUUGACGAGCAAUUCAAGGAAUUUGGAUCGUGAGCUUGUUGGUGAAUAUGUGGUUCAAUUGACCAUCCAAGGCCAAAAGCAUUUAUUGCUAAGAGCGGAUACCCGAGAAACAAGGAACAAGUGGGUUGGCGUACGUGCUCAGGCACCAAGCUCAACGACAUUGACACCUCGUUCGAUGCGAUCCAUUGUUCAAGGAGGUGGUAACCAAGCAACGCCACGUAUUGAUACCAAUGCACGCAAGAGUGUGAUUCGUAAACAAGAUAUCUUUUCGUUUUAUCAAGAUCAAUCAGGGGAAAUUUCGCCUUUAUCGUCCGAGGAGGAAGAUGAACCAGUGACAAUGACCACCACCACCACCAAUAAUGGAGAAGCAGCAGGGGUUACACACAUCCGACCCAAAGUACCACCUUUACCAAUCAGUCGGAAAGAGGAUAAGCACGAGGUGCCAACAAGUGCGGAUAUUACGACCAAAUCGACACAGCUUUUGACUCCAAGACCUAGUCCUUCGUCUGAGGAUAGUGGCAGUAGUCGUGGAAAUAGUCCAGUGCGUCCAACAACACCACGAACCAUUGAGAUCAGUCAUGCUGUGGCACCCGUUGCUGCAAUGCAAGCCAUUACACAAACAAAUGAUUAUUUGGUGCCUGGUGCACAACAACAACAACAACAACAGGUCAAUCAUCAACAACAACAUAGACCUCUUCCUCCUCAUCCACCCAUGAAACAACCUACAUGGCCUACACCUGCAGCUCCUAUGAAUCGUGCUCCUAGUCCUGGUCCACCUGUUGCACCAUCACAUCAACCACCACCACCAUCCCAUCAACAGCAACAGCAUCUUGCUCCUCAACAACAACAACAACUUCGAUCUCAACGUUCCAUGCCAGAAUUGGUUGUUACCCCGCGUCAUCAUCCUCCACCAUUGCCUAAUCAUCAUCAACAACAGCAGCCUCCACAAGGAAAAGUGCUCUAUAGCAAUGGCUAUUGUCAAGUAUUUCGCUGGAAAGGGCAAUCAUGGUAUGGGGUGGAUGGCCAAUGUCUUGUGCAAGUACGCCAAGUGACCACGCAUCGGGCAUGUUUGAGUAUCCAAAUGCAACAUUCAGGGCAAUUGUAUUUGAAUGCUUGGGUAUUGCCAAGUACAUCCAUCAACCAUGCAUCACCUACCGAUAUCAGUGUGACAGUACAUAUGGCGAUGGGAAGGGAGACCUACUUGAUUCAUUUGCAAGCACCCCACGAUGCCAAUGCCUUGUAUCAAUCUUUAUUACAGACGCAUCAGUUGGCUCUGGCAGCUGACUUUUUAUCCAAACAAGAUGAUGAUGAUGAUAAGGAACCACCCCAACAAGAGGAUGCAGCAGCAGCGGUCCCUCAAACAGAACGACUCGUGAUGCAAUGCAAGACCAAGUUGUUUGUACAAAAUGAACAUGCAAAAUGGGGUAGUCUUGGGAGCGGUCUUGUGCUUCGAUUGUCACAGCAACAACCCAGCAAAAAAAUGUACAUUGAUAUCGAGGAUGGCAAAAAGAAAAAGUUGGUCAGCGCCAUGGUCCAAAGCCGUAACGUGGGUCAAAUCGGUCCUAAACGCAUCACAUUACUUUUUAUUACCGAAAAGCAAGCCGUUGUGUACAUGGUCCAAGUCAAGGAAGAACAAACAGCUGCUAAAUUGUACCAGUAUCUCAAGACAAAGAAUUCCGAUAAUGGAUGGUAG